AUGUGUGCCCCUCUCUCUCUCUCCCUCGCUCUCGCUAUCUCUCCUUCUCGCUCUCUCUCUCUCUCUCUCUCUCUCUCUCUCUCUCUCUCUCUCUCUCUAUGUGGAGAGACAGACGGAGAUAUCGACAAGGCUAGCAUGAAUAUGUAUGUGUACCUCUCUCUAUCCAUUACUUGUAUUACGAUAUAUAUACCCUUUCUCACACUUCCAUCUCUCUCUCGCUUCUCUCUCUCUCUCUCUCUCUCUCUCUCUCUCUCUCUCUCUCUCUCUCUCUCUCUCUCUCCCAUCCACCUAUCCUAUAAAAUACCUAUAUCUGCUCUGUUUAAUCUGAUUCUCUCUCUCUCUCUCUCUCUCUCUCUCUCUCUCUCUCUCUCUCUCUCUCUACUUCUGUCUUCUUUUCUUUUUCUCUUUCUUUCUUUCAUUUUCUCAAUUUUCAGUCUUUUUCUUUCAUUCUUUCUUUCGCUGCAAAAAGCCUACGCCCCAACUAUUUUACGGUAG